GUUUGUCUUUUAUUAUAUCGAGUUCAAAAGCAAAACCUGGGGCCGUGAAUCAGAAGUUUAGGUUGUGCACGUUUAGGAGCCUGUGAGUGAAUAGGCAAUGGUGAUGGUAUCCUAGCUUCAGCUAUGCUUUAUUUUGAAUAAUCCAUGUUGUGAACCCAUCACAAAAAAGUGGGGAGCAUUUCGCUUUUACCUUGAUCAUAACGCAUAAGCCUACUACUGUACUACAGCCUGACAGCGGUGGUAAACUACAGUCAGACAGUUGUGUGAUCUUAAGAUGGCGUUUAGUUUUGGCAAUAAAACUGCUGGAACUGGAUCAUUGUUCGGGCAAAGCGGCACAACUUCAGCUUUUGGGGCUAAACCUGCCACAACUGCUUCUGCUUUUACAUUCGGAGCAGGAUCUUCUUCAGUCACAGGUUUUGGAGCCAAGACUACCGCUAGUAUAUUUGGGGGAGGAAAUACUGGUACUUCAGCAUUCAGUGGAUUUGGAAAGACGACAACAACUGCUUCUACAGGAUUUUCAACAGGAUUCACUUCAACUUUAGGAGGAGGUGGAUUAUUUGGAGGAAAUCAACAACAACAACAGCAGCAACAACAACAAGUUCAAAACAGUCAGGAUCCCGGAACUACACUUCUUUUAAAUACAGCUUCAGCGCUGUCUGCUCCUAUCGUGUUUGGUGAUGAGAGAGAUGCGAUUCUCGCUAAAUGGAAUCAGAUUCAAGCAUUCUGGGGAACUGGUAGAGGUUUUUAUCGAAAAGAUGGAUCACAUGUGACUUUUACUCCAGAGAAUCAUUUCUGUCGCUUCAAGGCAGUGGGAUAUAGCUGUCUUCCAAAAACGAAAGAUGAUGAAGGACUGCUUGCAAUCGUGGUGAAUAAAAAAGAAUCCGAAAUUACUUCAGUCGGAAAUGAUAAAAUAUCAAGCGUUAUUCAUGGGAUAUUAGAAUCAAAACCCAAUUUGUCAGUCAAAGUGGAUUCCGUCAGAUCGCUACCAGGAGACAGAACAGAGAUAACAGUCUAUGUAGAGGAGCAGUCGGCUGCCACUGGCACAAUUAAAAGAGUACCAGCAUCAGAACUCCACGCAUUCGUCAGCCAACGUCGUAUACAACAGCAACUGCAACAAAAUAUGGCUGCAGUAUCAUGCAUGCCCAGAGCGGCUAUGAGACCUGAACAGAUUAAACAGAUUUUGGAAAAUCCUCCAUCUGGAAUCGAUGCUGUAAUAUGGGAGCAAGCUAAAGCAGAUAAUCCAGAUCCAACAUCCUUAAUUCCAGUUCCAAUGAUUGGAUUCAGUGAAUUACAGAAUCGUCUCAUGCAUCAAGAAAUGAUGGCCAAACAACAUCAAUCACGUUUAGAUAUAUUAAGCAACAAAUUACAUGAUCUUCAACAAAUGCAAGUAAACGCACAAUCAAUGAUUGAACAAAAUAAAAGACAAUAUUUACAACUAUCACACAGAGUUCUGAAGGUGAUAAUUGCACAAGAGAUUUGUAGAAAAGCAGGAUUCGCUAUUCAACCUGAUGAAGAACAAUUAAGAGUUCAGCUUGAGAGUAUAUACAGUGAAUUGAGUGCUCCAACACAAUGCAGAGGAAGACUAAAUGAAAUGUUAUCACAAAUGCGAAUGCAACAUCAUCACAAUACUUUGGCAUCAUCUCUUACUUCCGGGCAAAAUAGAAGCGACAGAGAAGGCAUCUUAGACGAUGAGGCUUUAUCGGAGAUUAAGCUUCAUUUAAAGAAACAACAAGAAGGCUUGAAUACACUUAUUGGACUAUUACGAGAAGAUUUUGAGGAUUUGAAAUUAAUGGAACAUGGUCUUACAGAUGAAGAUGCAUUGGUUUCUGGUAUGGGACAAACAGGAAUGAAUCCCACUGUUGGUAGUAGAGGCUCAGCAUAUAGAUAUUAUCGAUGAAUCUGAAUGAAAUUGCGAGUCACAAAUUUGUUUUGUGAUGACUACCAUCACGCUGAGGCUAAGUGAUACAGAUUCCAUCAUUUCGGAUGGUAAAGUGCUGGUAUUAGGUAUGCAAAUGCCAUAACGCGAAGAUUGCUUUCUAUACUUCUUCGCUAUUUGUCUGAUAUCCUGAACAGUAUUGAUAUAUAAGGUUUGGACAAAAACAGGUUGAAAUUGAAACUAUUGGUAAAUGUGUAAUGUUUUGGGGGUUUACUGGAUGAAAAAUCAAUGAAAAUUUGGUUCACACAUGGUGUUUUCAUCAUUAUGAACUUGAGUGAAGCGUUUUUUAAAUACUAUCUGCUUUGAGAUAUACCUAAAACUAAUAUAUUGGCAAUGUUAACAAGGAGCACUCGUCCGGGUCAUUGUGGCCAUACAGCGCACACCAUAGCUUAUGGUACAAAUAAAUAUGGUAUAUAUAUACUCGAUCAAAAAUAGUUUGGUAGCACUUUACUUCUGAAUAAAAUACACUGUACAUUUUACCAGCGAUGAACAGAUUCAGAGAAUGUAACAUUGAAUCGAUGUGCCAAAAAGUAAUGUUCUUCAGCAUAAAAUAAUUGAAUAGCAUCAAUCAAUCGAUUUAAAGAACUAUUGGUCAGUUAGCCCGAAAUUGAGGUUCGUUAGCGUAUUCCAGUUGAAGACUUCGUGUGCUUUGAUAGUACAAUAAAGUUAGAAGAAACUUGACAUCCUAAAAAGACCUCUGAUGUCCGAAAGAAUCGCUUCAGACUGAAAUUUGAAUUUGAGCAACACAAAAAUUCGAUAUGGCUAAAGUUCUGAUUAUAUCACCGAGCCGUAGCCUACAUUGUAGUCUUGAGGGCGUUUUUGGUGAUUUACCAUACUAGACAAAAAAAUUAGUCUGCUGACAAAUUCAUCAAAAACUGUGUCAUAAUCCUUAGCUCCUAUCUCAGUACUCAACAUAUCAUUGCUGAAAAUAAACUGGGCAUCAGUCAGAAACUGAUCAAGAUUGAAAUGUCUCAUGUCCCGUUUCAUUUCAGGAACAUGCCUGGAGGGUACAUAAUCCAUCUCGAGAUGGCAAAAAAUAGGAAAAUGGUCUGACGGACUAUCAUGCAAAAGAAUUGGUUUAAUGUUUUUGUCUACUAUGUUUGUGUUCAUAUGAUCAAGUAAAUUAGCAGUAGUACUUGUCACUCUG